ACCAAGAGUUUGUCGGUGUCAGUUAGUUCUACUGUUUCAAGUUCAACAAGUCAAUCUUUUAGUGCCUCACAAUCAGCCAGCUUCAGUGCAUCAACUUCGUCAAGUGUGUCUGUAAGUGUGUCACCGUCGACUAGUCCCAGCGCUUCGCCUUCUCCCAGUCAAUCUACAAGUAUCUUGCAGUCCAUUAGCGUGAGCAUUUCACCUUCAAUAAGUGUGUCUCCUAGUGUCUCCGACUCUGUGAGCAUCACCGUUUCGCCGUCAACAAGUGUGUCUCCUAGUGUCUCGGACUCUGUGAGUAUCACCGUUUCACCGUCAACAAGUGUGUCUCCUAGUAUCUCUGACUCUGUGAGCAUCACCGUUUCGCCUUCAACAAGUGUGUCUCCUAGUGUCUCGGACUCUGUGACCAUCACCGCUUCACCCUCAAAAAGUGUGUCUCCUAGUAUCUCGGACUCUGUGAGCAUCAGCAUUUCACCCUCAACAAGCGUGUCUCCAAGUGUCUCGGACUCUGUGAGCAUCAGCGUUUCAUCUUCAACAAGUGUGUCUCCUAGUAUCUCGGACUCUGUGAGCAUCACCGUUUCGCCUUCAACAAGUCUGUCUACUAGUGUCUCGGACUCUGUGACCAUCAGCGUUUCACCCUCAACAAGUGUGUCUCCUAGUAUCUCGGACUCUGUGAGCAUUAGCAUUUCACCCUCAACAAGUGUGUCUCCAAGUGUUUCGGACUCUGUGAGCAUCAGCGUUUCACCUUCAACAAGCUUGUCUCCUAGUAUCUCGGACUCUGUGAGCAUCAGUUUUUCAUCUUCAACAAGUGUGUCUCCUAGUAUCUCGGACUCUGUGAGCAUCAGUUUUUCAUCUUCAACAAGCUUGUCUAUAAGUGUCUCAGACUCUGUUAGCAUUAGCGUUUCACCCUCAACAAGCGUUUCUCCUAGUGUCUCGAACUCUGUAAGCAUCACCGUCUCGCCUUCAACAAGUGUGUCUCCUAGUGUCUCGGACUCUGUGAGUAUCAGCGUUUCACCCUCAACAAGUGUGUCUCCUAGUGUCUCGGACUCUGUGAGCAUCAGUUUUUCAUCUUCAACAAGCUUGUCUGUUAGUGUCUCGGACUCUGUUAGCGUCAGCGUUUCAUCCUCAACAAGUGUGUCUCCUAGUGUAUCAAACUCUCUGAGCAUCAGCGUUUCACCCUCACCAAGUGUGUCUCCUAGUAUCUCGGACUCUGUAAGCAUCAGCGUUUCGCCUUCAACAAGUGUGUCUCCUAGUGUCUCGGACUCUGUGAGCAUCACCGUUUCGCCUUCAACAAGUGUGUCUCCUAGUGUCUCGGACUCUGUGACCAUCAGCGUUUCACCCUCAACAAGUGUGUCUCCUAGUAUCUCUGACUCUGUGAGCAUUAGCGUUUCACCCUCAACAAGUGUGUCUCCUAGUAUCUCGGACUCUGUGAGCAUCAGCGUUUCACCUUCAACAAGUGUGUCUCCUAGUAUCUCGGACUCUGUGAGCAUCAGUUUUUCAUCUUCAACAAGUGUGUCUCCUAGUAUCUCGGACUCUGUGAGCAUCAGUUUUUCAUCUUCAACAAGCUUGUCUAUUAGUGUCUCGGACUCUGUUAGCAUCAGCGUUUCACCUUCAACAAGCGUUUCUCCUAGUGUCUCGGACUCUGUAAGCAUCACCGUUUCGCCUUCAACAAGUGUGUCUCCUAGUGUCUCGGACUCUGUGAGUAUCAGCGUUUCACCUUCAACAAGUGUGUCUCCUAGUGUCUCGGACUCUGUGAGUAUCAGCGUGUCACCUUCAACAAGUGUGUCUCCUAGUAUCUCGGACUCUGUGAGCAUCACUUUUUCAUCUUCAACAAGCUUGUCUGUUAGUGUCUCGGACUCUGUUAGCAUCAGCGUUUCACCCUCAACAAGCAUGUCUCCUAGUGUCUCGGACUCUGUGAGCAUCAGCGUUUCAUCCUCAACAAGUGUGUCUCCUAGUGUAUCAAACUCUCUGAGCAUCAGCGUUUCACCCUCACCAAGUGUGUCUCUUAGUAUCUCGGACUCUGUAAGCAUCAGCGUUUCGCCUUCAACAAGUGUGUCUCCUAGUGUCUCGGACUCUGUGAGCAUCACCGUUUCGCCUUCGACAAGUGUGUCUCCUAGUGUCUCGGACUCUGUGAGUAUCAGCGUUUCAUCUUCAACAAGUGUGUCUCCUAGUGUCUCCGACUCUGUGAGCAUCAGCAUUUCACCCUCAACAAGCGUGUCGCCUAGUGUCUCGGACUCGGUGAGCAUCAGCGUUUCGCCCUCUACAAGUGUGUCUCCAAGUAUCUCGGACUCUGUGAGCAUCAGCGUUUCACCUUCAAUAAGUGUGUCUCCUAGUGUCUCGGACUCUGUGAGCAUCAGCGUUUCACCUUUAACAAGUUUGUCUCCUAGUGUCUCGGACUCUGUAAGCGUCAGCGUUUCACCUUCAACAAGUGUGUCUCCUAGUAUCUCGGACUCUGUGAGCAUCCGUUUUUCAUCUUCAACAAGCUUGUCUGUUAGUGUUUCGGACUCUGUUAGUAUUAGCGUUUCACCCUCAACAAGCGUGUCUCCUAGUGUCUCGGACUCUGUGAGCAUCAGCGUUUCAUCCUCAACAAGUGUGUCUCCCAGUGUAUCAAACUCUCUGAGCAUCAGCGUUUCACCCUCAACAAGUGUGUCUCCUAGUGUAUCAAGCUCUCUGAGCAUCAGCGUUUCACCCUCAACAAGUGUGUCUCCUAGUAUCUCGGACUCUGUAAGCAUCAGCGUUUCGCCUUCAACAAGUGUGUCUCCUAGUGUCUCGGACUCUGUGAGCAUCACCGUUUCAUCUUCAACAAGUGUGUCUCCUAGUGUCUCGGACUCUGUGAGCAUCAGCAUUUCACCCUCAACAAGCGUGUUGCCUAGUGUCUCGAACUCGGUGAGCAUCAGCGUUUCGCCUUCUACAAGUGUGUCUCCUAGUGUCUCGGACUCUGUGAGCAUCACCGUUUCAUCUUCAACAAGUGUGUCUCCUAGUGUCUCGGACUCUGUGAGCAUCAGCAUUUCACCCUCAACAAGCGUGUCGCCUAGUGUCUCGAACUCGGUGAGCAUCAGCGUUUCGCCUUCUACAAGUGUGUCUCCCAGUAUCUCGGACUCUGUGAGCAUCAGCGUUUCACCUUCAAUAAGUGUGUCUCCUAGUAUCUCGGACUCUGUGAGCAUCAGCGUUUCACCUUCAACAAGUUUGUCUCCUAGUGUCUCGGACUCUGUAAGCGUCAGCGUUUCACCUUCAACAAGUGUGUCCCCUAGUAUCUCGGACUCUGUGAGCAUCAGUUUUUCAUCUUCAACAAGCUUGUCUGUUAGUGUCUCGGACUCUGUUAGCAUUAGCGUUUCACCCUCAACAAGCGUGUCUCCUAGUGUCUCGGACUCUGUGAGCAUCAGCGUUUCACCCUCAACAAGUGUGUCUCCUAGUGUAUCAAACUCUCUGAGCAUCAGCGUUUCACCCUCAACAAGUGUGUCUCCUAGUGUAUCAAACUCUCUGAGCAUCAGCGUUUCACCCUCACCAAGUGUGUCUCCUAGUAUCUCGGAUUCUGUGAGCAUAAGCGUUUCGCCUUCCACAAGUGUGUCACCUAGUGUCUCGGACUCUGUGAGCAUCAGUGUUUCGCCUUCAACAAGUGUGACUCCUAGUGUCUCGGACUCUGUGAGUAUCAGCGUUUCACCCUCAACAAGUGUGUCUCCUAGUGUAUCAAACUCUCUGAGCAUGAGCGUUUCACCCUCACCAAGUGUGUCUCCUAGUAUCUCGGACUCGGUGAGCAUCAGCGUUUCACCUUCCACAAGUGUGUCUCCUAGUGUCUCGGACUCUGUGAGCAUCAGCGUUUCGCCUUCAACAAGUGUGUCUCCUAGUGUCUCGGACUCUGUGAGCAUCAGUGUUUCGCCUUCAACAAGUGUGUCUCCUAGUGUCUCGGACUCUGUGAGCAUCAGCGUUUCACCUUCAACAAGUGUGUCUCCUAGUGUCUCGGACUCUGUGAGAAUCAGCGUUUCGCCUUCCACAAGUGUGUCUCCUAGUGUUUCGGACUCUGUGAGCAUCAGCGUUUCGCCUUCCACAAGUGUGUCUUCGCCUUCUUCAAGUGUCUCGAACUCUUUAAGCCUCAGCGUGUCAGCUUCACCAAGUGUCUCAAGAGGUUCCUCAUUCUCUAUUAGUGUGAGCGACUCACAAUCUACAACUGUGGCUGCAAGUGUCUUAGCCUCUAUCAUUGGUGACGGAAGUGGUGACGAUAGUGGUGAUGGCAGCGGUGAUGAUAGUGGUGAUGGCAGUGGUGAUGACAAUGGUGAUGGCAGCGCUGAUGGCAGUGGUUAUGAUAGCGGUGAUGGCAGUGGUAAUUAUAGUGGUGAUAGCAGCGGUAGUGAUAGUGGUGAUGGAAGUGGUAAUGAUAGCGGUGAUGGCAGCGGUAAUGAUAGUGGUGAUGGAAGUGGUGAUGAUAGCGGUGAUGAUAGCGGUGAUGAUGAUACGGGUAAUGAGUCCACCAGUGGUAGUAUCUCAGUACCCACAAUUAUUUCUUCAAGUACCGGUAUGCCACUGUUUGUGCGUCCGACUGUUUUGCGAAACUCGAGCGAAUCUACAAUCCAUUUGCCGUCGAUAACAGUCAGUGCCUUAUCAAGGGUGUCUUCCAGCGUCUUGCCAACUCCCAGUUUGAGUACCUCCAAGAUUACGCCUGUAAGCCUUACACAAUUUAAAACAAGCGCACCAGCCACCAUUUCACCGUCUGUUGAUUCAAACUUUCUAAAGUCUACCACUGCAUCUCUACGCUUAUUGCAGCCCGGUCAUUCCAGCCUUUCAAAAUCGAGAGUCUCAGCUACUUUCAGCGCAAGUGUUAUACAUCCAGUAACAGGUAUAACAUUCUUUAUUCUUUGGCUAGAUUUCAUUUCUUUUACUCCUCUUGUCAACCGUGCCGUUUUGUUUUGUCAGAUAGUUUCUUCGCAUCCAUCAGUAUUGAGAGGUAGUUACUCAAUUAUCGCACAUCGUUAUUUUUGUUGACCCUUCAGCGAAGAUAUAAACGUAGAAUUUUUCUAACCCAUAAUUUGUAUCUGCAUAAACUGCAGCAACGUGCAGAAAAGUGUUUGGUAACUCGUUACAGUCCAUAGAUUGAAUCAUAGCAUGAAUAGUGAUAAUUUAACCGAGUAGCGAGCGGGAAAUUUAAUUGAGUUAAUGAUAAUAACAUUCCUUCCUUUUUUCUUUUUUUUCAUUUUUUUACUUGAAGAAACUCCAUUUGACGACAAUCUUUAUCCUUACGGAAAGGGGCAGAAUGAUGACGAAUUGAGUACCGAAUCAUCUUGCAGUAUCGACAACCGCUGUCACAGGAUAAGUGCAGGUCGUUUUGGAUUUCCAUUCUUCCAGGCGAGGCAUUUCAAGUUACAUGUAAGUAUCAAUGUGCAGCCUUCAUUUGCCGUCUUGGAGAACGGAAAAGUCAUAGUCAUUUGGCAUUUGUUUUAAAUUACUCAAUUUAAUGGUGGAUUCCGUCUUAAACUCUUAUUACUUCUAUUUUUGAGAGGGUAGUGUUUUUUGUUAUGCGUUAUUUCCAUCCUUCAAUCGUUGAAACACAUUUUGUUUUAGGUCCAUUGGUGACAUCUAAGAAUAAAACUUUCCUAUAAAGGCAGAUUGUUGCGAUAUACCCAAUGGCUCCAAGUUUCGAAACGAGUACCGGUUCUAAGUACUAGGCUUCUACUAUUUCUUAAUUGGUUUUGGAUGGUCUUACAUCCAGGGAAGCUUAUACGUAAUAUAAUAUUUUUAAAAAUAUAGUUUAGAAACAAGCUGAUAACGACGGGUACGUUUUUAUACUCCGAAAAGCGCACAGUUAUAUUUUUUCUCACAUAGGCCUAUAUCGUCUGGGAGGACGAACGCUUAAAACUUAAAUAGUUUCUCUGUUUGGAAAUAUACGAGUUAUGGCUGGGUUAUUUCAGUAAAAAUUCAAAAAGUUCUUAUUCUAUCGUAGAUAUGCAUAAAUGGCAAAAUACAACUGAACGAUAGAUGGAGUGUGCGCUGGCCUCAGAAGUUUGGUCCUUUCCGAUGGUUGAGCGGUAAAGCGAUUAUCGCACCAUUCUGGGCCAGGGUUGAUGAGGAUCUUGCCUUUAAAAAUGGAAAUUCGAAGGUUUAUUAUCAAGCGUACCAACAGAGCAGUCAAGGUCAUCCUCAAAAAGAAAUGAUCCUCAGUUUGGCUUCUCAGGAUGUUCAACGUUACACCACCGAAGAAAAAUUUAAGAACUUUACAGCCACAUGGGUCCUUGUUGUUACUUGGGUCAACCUCUGUCCUUACGUUAGUUGCACAGAGCUGUUGUGUCCGUGGGUAAGUCUAUAACUGUUUUUUUUUUUUGACAGAAAAGCAUCGCAGAACGGGCAGAAAUAGCUAUUUUCCUAUUUCUUUGUCUCCGGUAUCUACUCUCUUGUGUGUGUCUUUCUGACUGGUGUCGGAAAUAUUUGGAUUUAGAAAAUAAAGCGCCCAUACCAACUGGUCUGUUGUAAUAUGAGCCGAGUUUUUACCACGGUCAUGAGGGAUUUUCUUCUUUGUUUCUGCGAGCUGAUUUUGAGCAGUCGCUUCGUUGCCUACUAGGAAGUUCGUGGUCUAUGGUUUUUUUUGUUGCCUUGUAUUAUGAUUCUUAUAGGUUUAUUAUACUAAUCUGUUAAUAAAUAAAUAAAUAAAUAAAUAAAUAAAUACAUUGAAUCCCAUUUGGCCCAAAAGUGUUACAUUAGUAAAGAAAUUUGAUCUCACUUUUAUUGCUAUUAAUGAAUGUUAUUUGGAUGGGUGAUUAUUAACUUUUCAAGCAGUAGGAGGAUCGCAGCUAACAGAGCUUUAAAAGAAAUGGAACUGAAAACCUAGCUGGACUAAAGACAACACAUUAGCCAGUCAGUCUUAACACUUGGUAGUUUUACAGGUCUACCUACAGCAAUUUCUGGAAUCUGAUUGAACUAGUACUCUUUUUUUAACAGACUAACACUUUUCAAGCGGUCAUCAUCACCAACUGGUUUAAUACCUUCUUAAUGUACAACUAUCCCCCUGGAGGAAUCCAGUGGACGGUUCCAGCUCCGCCGUAAGUGUUUUUUGAAACAAUUUUUGCAAGGAUAACAUUUUGGGAAGGAAAUCCAUCAUUUAGUGGCGAUUUCAUUUUACUCCUAAACGAAGGUUUUUUCAUCUCUCUUCGCUUUCCGCUUUUUCAAAGGCAUCGAUGAAUGCUUUGUAACGGAUAAAACUGUCCUGUGUUUCAAAAUAGUAUUGUAACGAUUUGAAUUUCACAUACUAAAAUUUUCAUCAGAAUCCUUGCUCUUUUUUAUUAUUUCCAUGAAAUGGUAGUGGAACACUAAGGAUACUCUAUAGAUGAUACUCUUUUGACAUCAUUUUACCAAUUCUUGGAUUGUUGCACGUAUUUUCUGCAGAUCAGAAUAUGAUUACUGGACAGGCACGUAUGGUCUCCCAGUAGCAGGCUGGAUCGCAAGAGACAGCGAAAAGCUGAACAUGGAAGGGUAAAAUUCAAAUCUUCUGAUCAUUUCUAUUCACAAGAAUAUUAAAUAUUGAGAUAUGAGUAUUAACAGGCACUGUUACUGUUGUUUAAUACAGCUCGGGUACUGUGCUUGGAAUGUACAACCUCGACAAAAGGAAAGGAAACACGGAUUUGUUUGGAAGACAUUUUUGGAGAAUAGAGAAUAGAGAACAAAAGGAUGAAACUGAAAAGUGCUUUAGUUGGGUUUCUCUCCAACAUGACAUGGACGUUAGAUCCUGGUAUAAUGGAACCAUUGAUGCAGAUCAGCGUAUGGCGUGUCCCUGUACCCUAUUUCAAGCAUUUCUGGACAGGGGACGAUUCGUUCGGGACUGGAACUAUCCUUGGCCGGAUGUGUGCUUUAGGUCCAGAAUCUUUAAAUACUUCCCUUAUGACAAUGGCGACCUUGACGAUUUAGUGGGCCUUAGGACGAACAAGCUGUGUUGCUACUCUACGAUGAGGGACGACUUUGGCUCUCUUAAAAUUGGACCUCCAGACGGAAGCAGGGUCAUAGCUGAUCCAAUUUAUCAGUAUUACAAAGGGAACAAUGACUAUAGAGCAUUUUAUGCUGACAGUCAAGCUCAUAAAUUUUGCUGCGUUGACACCAAUUUUUGUGAUCUGUUUUACCUUUAUCGACCAACUGAUGACUGCAGUUUUUAUAGAUCGCCGCAGAGACGUAAGAGACUGUUCUUGUUUUUUAUUGUUUAAACACAAGAAGGAUCACGGGGCUAGACUAGAUUUAGUUUUUAUGUGAUUGCUAAAUGAGCAUUAAAUCAGUUAGCACAUUUAUAUUAAAAAUCUAAUAUACUUGUAACUAUUUCCCCCGCAGUUGUGGCCUUUGGUCAUUGAAUUGACGAGUGGUCAUUGAACUACUCGUGUGGUUAUCGAAGCCUGUUGUGUGUUUAUUGGGCUAUUGUUUGGUUAUUGAACUACUGUUUUGGCAAAUGUACCUUUUUAGGUUACUCAUUUCAGAUUUCAAGACAUGAGCUUUUCCCCCUUUUAUGUUCAUAACUUCGUUGUGCAGCAUUUUCAAUAGUGUUUUAAUAAACGAAACAAAAUAAAACUAGUAACAGCAAGUAUACAACAGUGUUUUCAAUUAUUGAUCGUACAAUUGCUUUAAAAGUUUAUCUUUGAAUUUUAAUUGUGUUGUAGGUUGGUUUUGGGGUGAUCCUCAUUUUAGAACUUUGGACGGUCGGAAUUACACCUUCAAUGGCCUUGGUGAAUAUGUGAUGAUCGAUGCACAAAGUGGAACAUUUCAACUACAAGCCAGGACAGGCCUUGCACAAGGAAAUUCAACAACUGCAACAAUUUUUAGUGCUGCAGCCGCUAAAGAAAAAGAAACUUGGACCGUUGAAGUUAAAGUAAAGAGAGGAGGUAAUAACUUAGUUUGGACUGGUAACAUAGGCAGAACCGUUUAGCCUGAGAAAAUAGCCGACAUUUCGCGACACCACAUUGUUUUUCCCCACGAAAGGGUGUCUGACGAAUGACUGCAGAAAUUCCAUACUGAUGAGGUUCACUACUCAGAUUUGGGUAGUGAUUCUGAUUGGUUGAAGCAAAUUUCCUUCAAGACACGGUCAAUCAGAAACGCUACCCAGAUCUAGGUAGUGACACGUCAUCAUCAUGGAAUUUUUGCAAUCGUCCUUCGGUCAUCAUUUCGAGGGAAACUAGUGGUGGGGUCACGAAAUGUCUUCUCUUUUCUCAGAUUGAUAACACGUAGACAAUGUUGUCUUGACAACUUGUAUAACACCACAUUGUGCCAAGUAACGAACAAACAAACUAUUAAAUUCACUAGAAUCAAGGUCAAAUUUCUAUUUUGUCCACGUUGACGCAAAGGGCAACAAGACAACAAUCCCUCCACCAUCCAUGCUGGCAAAAUCUACGUAUAUGAAAUGUGAACAACUUGACAGCAAUUGAAGGAACAGUGUUUUAGACCCAUCUCUUUCCUUGUGAACCUUUCUCCUCGAAGUGGUGUUGACUGCUUACCAAACACUGAAUGAUUCACUUACGCAGUUUUUAUCUUCAGGUGGGAUGAAUAUACGUUUUGGACACAAAAUGUACAACAACUACGAAAAUCUGACAGACCAAACUGUAGACGUUGGUGGAAACAUCUCUGUCUCCAAACCGGAGGAAAACUGUAUGGAAGUUUAUUUUCCUUCAACUACUUCCGUGUUGUUCUGUGAAAAAAAGGGAAUGCUGUCCAUAGUCGUAACACCCACGAACGAUUACAAAAAUGCUACCAAAGGGCUGUUGGGAACUUGGAACGAAAACCCCGAUGACGACUACACAUUGCCUGAUGGGACAAUAUUGUCUCCCACUUUAUCCUCAAGAGAGAUUCACUUUGGAUUUGGCCUUAAGUGUAAGUAUUGUGCAAAGAACUACAGUGUUUAUCAUAAGUUGUCUUACUUUGUUCAAGUGAAAUUUGAACUCUGCUGUUGGCAAUUCAUUUACAUGUAGCGCUAGGGUUGUCUGUGAUAUCAGGAAAUUGUUGUCGUUUUAUAUUUUUAAGAGGUGUGUUCUCUUAGAUUCGCUGGCGUGCUGGUUUCUCCUGAGCGCGGACAUUCUCCUUUCCGAAAUCUUACCUUUAGUAUCCUUGUCGAGUUUUUUGAAGAAAAUAAGUCUUGUUUGCUGGAAUUAACCAAUUAUUUAAGAUAAAAAAAAUACAUCAUCAUGUACCCGUAUAUAGAAGAGUUCUUAGCUUAUUCAACGCAUUUUUUUUCAGGGCAAAUCAACCAAACACAAUCUUUGUUCACUUAUGCUCAAAAUGAAAGCGUGGAGACCUUUGCAAAGUCUGAUUUCGCACCCAUGUUUGUGGAAGAUAUCACGUGGUAUAACAACAGUGUGAGGGAAUUGGCUGAAGCCCAGUGCGGAAAUGAUAUUGAGUGCCUGUUUGAUGCUGCAGCUACGAAUGACGUGUCCAUUGGCAUAGUAACCAAAGACAUAAAUAUUCAGUUAGUGAACGAGUCAAAUACUCUUGGUAAGUUAUUGAAAAUGUGAAAGAAGAUUAUUUUAGAGGCUAGUAAAUCAAAGUCUAUUGGCAGCAACCAUAACAGUUUUUCAGUAAAGUCUCUGAAUUAGGAAGUAAGUUUGAUUCUGUAGCAUAUUCAAGGAGGGACAAAUAACUAUUCGAGUAAACACGGUCCACUGUUUCACCUGUCGUUCACCUUUCGUCUUUCGUAUCAGCUGUGUAUCGGUGUUUUCUUUGCUUUCUCUAGUUUUUUUUUAUUACAAUUGUCUGUUUGUUUCUUUUGUAUGUGUUUCCAGUUAGUAUUUUGACCUUAUAUGUAGAAUACUAUUAUAACUGGUAUCCCACGUUAUCGUUGUUUUCCCUCAGACAAUUUUCCGCCCAAGAUAGUUAAUGCUCCAAUUGAAAUCAACGCAACACUUCACGAAACCGUACACCUGAACGUCACAGCCGAAGACAACGACACCAUUAGCUUUCAUGUCAUCAACCGUCCUGCAGGCGCCACUGUCAAGCAAAUUGGAAACGUACUCUAUUUUACUUGGCAUGUUACAUCUUCACAAAAGGUAGCCGGUCUGAGAGCAAUUUCUAUCACUGCUAAAAGUAGCACUUUUUGAUUGGAGUCCUGGGCAAAUGCUUACUGUUUGAAGACCAUUAGAAGACAUAUAAUAUACCUAUUUAAAGAGUGAAUAGAACAUAACUCAAAACAUAGGUUGAACAAGUGUUUCACGGUACGUCAUAUCCUCGAGAGUUGUGUAAAGAAUUUGUCUCAUCCUCCCUAAUUGACCGACUAAUAACACAUUUAAUAAUACUAACACUUUUAACAAAAGAUUGGACGGAAAAUUGUACAUUGUAUAAUGCAAAAAAAGGAAAUGCAGACUAAGGAAUCAGAUCCUCGUGUAAAUUAGGAUGCAGACGCGGUAUUAACCAUCUUUAACCCUUGUUUAGUAAUCUAAUCUCUUUUUGUGCAUAUGUUUUAAUUUCGCGUGAGUGGCCACGCAUCUAAAGGGACGAAAAGCAUCAAUGAAACAGAAGUGUCUUAAAUAAUAUCGAAGAAGAAAUUUUAAAUGAGGGUUAUUAUUAUGGUUUCCUUAAUUUGCCUUUCAGUUUAAUUUGUCAUUCGUUGCUGCUGAUGAAAAGGGAGCGAGCACGACAUGGAGUCCAACUAUUAAAAUGUGUGCCUGCAAGCACAGUGGACUGUGUGUGGAGCCAGAAGAGGGUGAUACGGCCAACUCAGACAUCAAAUUUAUUUACAUGGGAUGCGCAUGUCAGGGAGGAUACACGGGAAGAUUCUGUGAUAGCGAAAUUGACGCCUGCGAGUUCAAUGGUCAGCCGUGUUACGCAGGCGUAGCGUGCACUGAUCUUCCCCCGCCAGCCAAUGUCAGUGGAUACACGUGUGGACCGUGUCCAACUGGUUACACUGGAAAUGGAGCGCAGUGUGUUGGUGGGUGUAGCAAUUGAAUGAUUAACUAGAUAUCUUUUUAAGUUUUGUAAAGUAGUAUCAGUGUCCGACCGUAUCGCGAUUAUCCAAUAAAAUAAACUAAAAUUAAAAUUAAAAUUAAAAAAUUAAAGGUUAGCAUCAAGAAACAGUUAAGUUUUUAACUUAUUAACAUUACUGAACUUUUCCCAGACGUCAAUGAGUGUCAGAGCAUGGAAAACAACAUUUGCGAACAGCUAUGCUUCAAUAUACCGGGAUCAUUCUAUUGUGGCUGUCGUGAUGGGUACAACAUUAAUGCUGAUGGCUACACUUGCGAAGGUGAGUAAGUUAAUAUUUAUGCGUGCAAUUAAUAUUGAACCUGUCGAUUCAGACAUUUUUCAUAUUUCUAACAAAUCCACUGAAUCGAAGUCAGCUGGGCAUCCAGUUCACAAACGAACUCAAGCAAACUGACAUAAAUUAAGUUACCUGACAAACCGACAAUUCAACUAAAAAUAACGACCGUUAUUAAUAAGAAAAAAGACAGAUCGAAACACACCACUUACAUUUAAUGUUUUCAUAUCCAAUAACAUCAGGGCUUUUAAGCCCUAAUGACCAGUAACAACGCGAGUUUAUUGACCAAUCAGGUCAAUAACCACAGUUUAAUACAAUCAACUGGCAAGAUACAACUUACAUUACUUUGACUUUGAAGUAGACUACCGCAAAAGUUUUCGAAACGUGAUCAGUCACUCAGCAACUGUACUAUUUAGGAUUACACCCACCUGGACGAUUAUAUUUGAUAUACCCCUUUUACUUAGUUUGUCAUUGAUUAUUCAAUUAUGCACAGAUAUCAAUGAAUGCAAGACUUUAACUGCCAACUGCACACAACAGUGCAUCAAUACUCCAGGAAGCUAUAAUUGUUCAUGUGACCAGUAUUUUACAACAGAUCCAUCUGACUUGAGGAACUGCGUAGGUAGGUCUCACUUAUCUGGCACUUUCUGA